UUUAUACACGACGGCAGCGAUGGAUCCAACGCAGGGAGGAGAGGCCUUCUUUAGCGGCUAUUAUUAGGUUGCAACACCUUAUGGAUUGAUGCUUUAUAUUUGAAUCUGUAAAAUGGAGCUUUAAUAAAAUGUCAUCCACCAAUUUUUAUUUCCUAUCGGCAAAGACAAACACCGGUGCACUUAUUUCAGGGCGUUAUUGGUGGUUAUGUAUUUUGAAUCACGUUAUUGUGGCUCUGUGCUCCUCCGGAGUGAUGAAAACUCAACCCAACUUUUUUUCCCUUUUUUUCGAUCCUCAAAUCACCUCGGAGUUUUAAAGGCCAACUCCAGGUUGAAUUGGACUCCUUUUAUUUAUUAUUUGUCCUGUUGAAAAAUGAUGCGGUCGACUUUACUGUUCAUCUAGGAAGGCGUAUUGGGGGGUUGGGUUCGUGUGUGUCUGAAUGUGUGUGUGUGUGGGUGAGGGGGGCGUAAGGUUUCGAUUUAGAGACAGUCAAUUUUCUCGAAACAAAGGACUUGGAUAUCUCCAUCAUCUUGCCUGUGUGUAUGUGUGAUUGUGCGCGCACAUUUAGUGCCACUGAUAACUCCUCAGAAAGUGCACAACACCUCCGUUUGAUUGGGAAAACAUCUAUUCAGUUCUAUCCACCGCAGUGUUGUGUGUUCUGUGGCGCAUUUUAUGUCUUUGUGUCUUGUCUUUAUGCUGUUGAAGGCAUGCAGAAUGUGUUUCAAGCAGAUUUAUUAGACUUAGGGGAAUUUACCGUAAAACGUGUUUGGGUGAGAAUGCUGGAGAAUGUAUGGUAUUCUUUAUAAUGUCGUCUAGGUUCUUUGCGUCUUUACGCUGCGUAAUGCAGGUUGAACUCCUUGUUUUAUGGUGUUUGUAUUUGUUUUAUAGCAGUAAGAAAGUGACAGCAGUUAGACUCUGUUACACCGUAGUGUGUUACAAAUGGGGAGAGAAGGCUAUGAAAGUCUGUGGCAGCUAGUGUGAGCGGGUCACGGCUGGGGAGAUGAAUUUCCUUUACGAGGAAAAACAAAGAUCUGAGUAUCUCUGUUCAGUAAUGCACAGCUCAAGGGCAAAAGCAGCCGCGCAGUGUGAAUGGGGGUAUAUGGACUUGCUAUGCCAGUGAUGUUAAUAUCGGAAAGUGGAGGGAAAUAUAUCCUGUUUAUUCAUGCAAGGCAAAAGGCGACCCCGGCUGAGGCUGAAUUACCAUGCAGGGGGAGUUAAAUGUGGAAUGGGCGCCUGUUGGAGUAACAAAAAAAAGAGGGAACCGGUGCUGGGUUCUCGUUCCUAAUGCAAAGGUCUGCUGGUGAUUUAGAAGGCCGUGUAACCUGAAUUAGUUGAUGAAUUUUCUAUCGAUCCUAAACAAGCCAGAUUUAUCUCUGACACGGUGGUGCUGCUGCUGCUGCUGCUGCUGCUGCUGCUGGGUGGCGGCGCAGCAGCCGGCCAGGCCACUCUCCCACUCCACGUUAUUAGCGAUUUAAAAAGACCAGAGAAAAAAAGAAAGAAAAAGCUUUAGCAAUCACGUCCUUACACACACACCCAAAUAUAUACACACAGGGUGGUGCAGGCGCCACUUUAAAUCCCCCCGAGCACUUUCCUUCUGCUGCUUCUUUUUUCUUUCUUUCUUUCUUCUUUUUGAAGUUGCAGCCAAACGCGUAACAGGGGGAAGGGGUUCGUUUGCAAUGAGGGAGGACUUGUCAUACUGUACUCUGUUGCUCGUGUGUGUCCUCCUGCAGGAGCGGAAUGUAUUUUCAGCUUGUCAGACGCGCUUUGUUAUUGUUGUGAUUCUCUGCCUGCUUAGGACGGCAUGCGUGCCGACAUGUGGUGGAGAGAUAUAGAGGGAGAACCGGGCACGGGAAGGGAGAGAGGGGGGAGACGUAUUGUAAGACUGUGAAUGCCCACAAACUGAGGCCAUAUGAUGAUGCGCGUGCGGGGGCCGUGUAUAUGCUUAAUCCCAUUUCCUUAUCCGGGCUUCGUCCAGGAGGCGCGCCAUUGGCCGGCUGCCGUCACGUGGCUUCUUAACUUUGUUCACUUGACAGAAAAGUAGGAGGGUUCAACGGAACAGGAAUAACCGAAGAGUAAAGGGAUGAGAUAUAAAUUUUAGUUAUAUAUUUUCCGAGUAGGUGCAAUUCCACAAAAAGACUGAAAUUAAUGGCCAUGAGCUCCUAUUUGAUCAACUCCAACUAUGUGGACCCGAAGUUCCCACCGUGCGAGGAAUACUCACAGAGCGACUAUCUGCCCAGCCACUCUCCGGACUAUUACAGCUCCCAGAGGCAGGAGCCUGCUGCCUUUCAGCCGGACUCUCUCUACCACCACCAUCAACAACACCACCCACAACACCAGAACCACCACCACCAGCGAGCUGAGCCGCCAUACACGCAGUGCCAGCGUCCGGGGCAGCCCGCCUCGGUGGUAAUGUCCCCUCGAGGUCACGUCCUCCCCCCGGCCGGGCUGCAGACCACCCCCGUCCCGGAGCUGAGCCACCGCUGCGACUCGGUGACACCCAGCCCGCCUCCGCCUGCGUCUUGCGGCCAAACGCCCCACAACCAAAGCACUUCGUCCCCUACGAGCAGUCGGAAGGACCCCGUAGUCUACCCGUGGAUGAAGAAAGUCCAUGUAAACAUCGUGACUUCAAACUACACAGGGGGUGAACCGAAGCGCUCGCGGACGGCCUACACGCGCCAGCAGGUCCUGGAGCUCGAGAAGGAGUUCCACUACAACCGGUACCUGACGCGCAGGCGCAGGGUGGAAAUCGCGCACACGCUUUGCCUGUCAGAGCGGCAGAUCAAGAUCUGGUUCCAGAACCGGCGGAUGAAAUGGAAGAAGGACCACAAGCUCCCCAACACCAAGGUCCGCUCCGGGACAAACAGCAACACAAACUCCCAGGCUCUAACCGGCUCCCAGACCCGCAGCGGGCCCCUAUAGCCCGGUCUUUAAGCUCUUUGUGUAUAUUAUUUUUAUUUUUUGCCCUCCCUGGUUCCUAAACUGACCGGCAGCCACACGUGUAACCACCGGAGCCUGCACUUUGGACCGGAAUAACGUCUUUGCUCUGGAGGGAGGGAGGGAUGUCAUUGCCGCCCGUUCGGCCCUGAUCUGUGCUGAUGUUACACACUAUAACAGACGUUAUGACGUGGGAGGGGUGGACAGGGAGAUUUCCCAUUCAUAAGAAUAUGAAAUGAACAAAAGUAGGCGAAGAAGGAGACUGAACGAACUGAGAAAAUGAUGCGGCCGCUUCUUUGCUUUUAUUUGCUCAUUCUCUAUCUGCGUCCCUCUCUCCUGCCGUUUAUAUUUCUGUCUUUUUAUACUCCUCUCUCUCUUCCUCUCUAUGACAGAGCAUAAGGCGGUAGGCUGAGGAUAAUGUGCCCGCGUGCGUGUUUUUUUUUUUUUUUUUUUUUUUUUUUUUUAGGUGAAGAUGGAUCCUCGUUUUCAUCUUUAAUCAUGCCAAACUCGGGCCCCAUUUGUCAUGUUUACUCUGCGGGUACAAAGCAAAGGGGUGAACCGCGGCUCUGCCCAUUACCCCUCGCCCCUACCCCCCCCCCCUCCUGCACCCCUCCCCAAACCUCUACUCCUCACCCCCCCGCGCCACUCACACACGCACGUGUAAUAAAUGGAACUCUCGGUUCGUCAAGAGAAGUAUUCUUACACCCCGCCACACGCGCACACACACACACACACACACACACACACACCGCCCUUAUAGUAUUCUCUAAAAUCAAAUAUAACCUCCGGUAUGAUCCAAAAUAGCACCAGGCAGUUUCCUGUCUUGCUGUUAUAACUAUAACUGUUGUUAUUUCUGUUUUGUUUAAUGACAAAGUAUAGCUUUUUAAAUUUUAAUUAUAGUUAUUUUUGAAUUCAGUGUUGAUUGUAAAAUGCUGUUAUUGCUGAGAAUGACAAGGAGCGUUUAUGUGGUCCGUUGAUUGUUCAUGUUGUGAUGUUGUAUACAGGGAAACAGAGUGACAGGGUGAUUCAAGUGAAAUAAAACUAAGGCAUUUGUUCCACUACGAACCAAACAGGGUUUAUAAAGCUGCCUAGGAAAAGGACAAUAAUAUUCAAACCAAAAUCCUGGUACAGCUCAAGAACACAUAAUAAACGCAGCACUAUACAAUGUAUUACCUAUUACCUCAGUUGUACUUAUAUAUAUUUUUAUUUUUUGGGGUCGUCUUAUUUUCUCUUGCUCGUUCAAUGAAGUGACAGCUUUUCGAGCUUUUAUAUUUUUGAAAUUGUCUGGCGACUUAUUAUAAUAAUAAUUAUUAUUACCUGCAAUACAAAAAGCGCUAUUCAUUUCUUGUAUGUGGAAAUUAAAAAAAAAAAAAGUAAUUUAAUUAUAAGCGAUUGUUCUAACCAGGGACACUCAGAAAAAUAAGGAGCCUUUUUAUUGCAUGUCUGAAUGGUGUUGAUUUAUUUUUCUUUAUCUCCCUCUCUGUCCCUCAUUUCUCCGCACAUUAAAUGCGCGCACACUUUUCCUUUCCUCUCUUUACUUCCCCUCUUCUCUCUUUUCUGUGCCACUUUUUAGAUAUUUUAUUCUGCAAGUGUUUUUUUUUUUUUUUAAUUGAUGUUAUUUUAUUUACAUUCCAAAGAUUAGUUUCUAUGAUGAUGAUGAUGAUGAUAGCAAUGAUGGUAUUGUUGAAUAUGUGUUACCUCCUCCGAUAUGUAAGUUGCUCCUUUCUCUGCUUAUGCCUCCUCAGUGUCGACCUUCUUAUUAUUUGUAAAUAGUUCAUAGAAAUUUAAAUAAAUGGCUAAAAAAGAAUAUUUCUCUAUCUUCUUAUUUCCUCUGUCAAAAUUAUGAGUUUCUUCUAUAAUUGUUGGGGCACAGCCGACCAUUAAAGACAAAAAGGUUUGAGUUAUGUCACAUAAAAUCGUCCCGUUUGAAUUCAAGUUUUUAAGGUUUUAGUAUUUUUUCUUUGUUUGUAAAAUUUGUAAUAAAAAUAAUCUCCAUUUUGC